GAGAGCACACAAUCCUUGUCCCUUCGACUUGGUGGGCAGGGGGUGCGAAAUGGAGGGCUUUCCUCUGCAAUCAGACUCUCACUCUUCUCUCUCUCCAACGCAAACAUUUCUUUCCCUCUUUUCUAUCUGUUGGAUUUUCUUUCUGAAAUUCCAUCGUUCUGUAAGUUAUAUUUUUAGUUUAUUUAUUUCAAUCUACAGUUUUCUGUCGUUCUAACGCAAUGCGUUGAAUUCAAGCAAAAAAAAAAAAAAAAAAAAAAAAAAAUUAGCGAUCUUGUUUUUGCUUGAUUUGCACUGUAGAAUUUGCAGGGAUCUCAGAAACCCUAGAUCUCUGUCAUUUCGGGGGUGAGUUGUGUGCGCGUUGGGGUUGCAUCCUUGGAUUUGUGAUUUUUGAGGUUGGUUUUCGCGCGUUUUGGCUGUGGAUCUCGGGCUUUUCGUUGAUUCGGAGCUCCAAUUUCGAGGAUUUUGGAGAGAUUUGAAGGGUGAAUUUGAGUGUGGGAUUUGGUCGAUGGCUUCAAAUCAUCCUCCAUUUCAGGUGGAGGAUCUGACGGACGAGGAUUUCUUUGAUAAAUUGGUUGAAGAUGAUCUGAGGCCCUCCGAAUCAGGCCCCGAAUAUGGCCAGGGAAAUGAUUCCGAUGACGGUAAGGCGUUCGCCAAUCUGAGUAUUGGUAGCUCUGUAGCUGUAUCUGAGGAUUCGGACCACGAAACCAAAACUACUGACGAAAAUAAGCGGUUCGUAAAUCCUAAUGUUGGUGAUUCUGCAGCUGUAUCUGAGGAUUCGGCUGCCAAACCCCAAACGAAAGAGGAAAAGGGUGCAGAAGAAUCUAAUUCAUUCGUGUUUGAUAGUGUAAUUGAGUCGAAUAAUGCGGUUGAUAAUGAUGCAGUGAUCGAGUCGAAUAAUGGGGCGGAGGCAGUGAGAUCCCAGUUGAGGUUGGAUUCGACAGUGAGCAAGAGCAACGAGUCGGGAGCUUCAGGGGUUAAGGAGAUAGGGUGGGGUUCUUUUUAUGCCGAUUCUGCGGAUAAUGGGAUCCAUGGGUUUGGAUCGUACUCAGAUUUUUUCAGUGAAUUGGGGGAUGGUUCGGGGGAUUUUCCCAUGAAAGUAGACGGAAGUUUGAGUACUGAAUCGAAAACUGUACUCAAUAAUGAAGAUCAAACAGCCCAUCAAGAGGGUUUGAACCAUUUGGUUAGUAACGAGCAAUGUCAAGAGGGUCAAGUUUAUGGGGGAAGUGAGCAGGAUCAAAACAGUACAGAGUAUUGGGAAAGUCUCUAUCCAGGGUGGAAGUAUGACGCUAACAUGGGGCAAUGGUAUCAGGUGGACAGUUUCGAUGUGCCUGCAAAUGCUCAAGGGAGCGUUGGCACUGAUGAUUGGACCACUGUUUCUGAUGGUAAUAAGACUGAGGUUUCUUAUUUUCAGCAGACAGCACAGUCUGCUGCCGGAACUGUGACUGAAACCAGCACGACUGGCAGUUUGUCAAACUGGGAUCAGGUUUCACAGAUGACAAAUGGGUACCCGGAACAUAUGGUUUUCAAUCCCGAAUACCCAGGUUGGUAUUAUGACACAAUUGCCCAAGAAUGGCGCUCAUUGGAAGCAUAUAGCUCCUCUGUGCAAUCGACUGCUCAGUCCCAGAAUGGAAAUAGUAUGUAUGGUCAAGAGUACAGGCAAGAUGAGAAUUAUGGGCCACAAGCGGUCGUCGGGAACCAAGGUCAAGACAGCAAGUGGGUUGGGUCCUACAGUAAGUACAAUCAGCACGCUUCAAAUAUGUGGCAAGCUCAAACUGCAGCUAAAAGUGAGGGGUUUUCAGGUUUUAGUGGAAACCAGAAACAGAGUAAUUCGUUUGGUUCUACAGUUAACACGGAUCAGCACAUGUCUUUAAAUUCUUUUGGAGCAGUUCCUUUGUACAACAAAGCAAGUCAAGGUCAUGGUUCAGCUAAAGAGACUGUUGGUUUCCAGAGUUUCAUCCCGGCUGGGAACUUUAGCCAGCAGUUUAAUCAAGGAAAUGCAAAGAUGAGCGAACAAAUACAAUUCUCAGAUGAUUACUAUGGCGCUCAGAAACCUUUAAGUUACUCACAGCAACCUGUAAAUUAUUCACAACCACCUUUCCAGAGUGGCAAUCAGUUUUCAUAUGCUCCCAGCGUAGGAAGAUCAUCUGCUGGGCGCCCUCCGCAUGCCCUAGUAACUUUUGGAUUUGGUGGAAAACUCAUUUUAAUGAAGGACAAUAGUAGCCUCAGGAAUCCGUCAUAUGGAACCCAGGAUCCUGUAGGAGGCUCAGUUUCUGUCCUGAACUUAAUGGAAGUUUUCACGGGAAAGACUGAUCCUUCGAGUUUUGGAAUGAGUACUUGUGAUUAUUUUCGUGCUUUGUGCCAACAAUCAUUCCCAGGUCCCUUGGUUGGAGGGAGUGUUGGAAGCAAAGAGCUGAAUAAAUGGAUUGAUGAGAGGAUUGCUAACUGUGAAUCGCCAGACAUGGACUAUAGGAAAGGCAAAGUAUUGAGGUUGCUUCUUUCUUUGCUUAGGAUAGCUUGUCAACAUUACGGAAAACUUCGAUAUCCUUUUGGUACCGACACUGUAUCAAGGGAAAAUGAUACUCCAGAAUCAGCAGUUGCUAAACUUUUUGCAUCUGCAAAGAGCAAUAAUGUGCAAUUCAGUGAUUAUGGCUCUGUUAGCCACUGUGUGCAGAAAACGCCUUCAGAAGGACAAUUGCGAGCAACUGCUUCUGAGGUACAAAAUCUUCUGGUUUCUGGUAGAAAGAAAGAGGGUUUACAAUGUGCACAAGAAGGUCAGUUGUGGGGACCUGCGCUUGUUAUUGCUUCACAGCUUGGAGAACAGUUCUAUGUUGAUACUGUGAAGCAAAUGGCACUUCGCCAGCUGGUUGCAGGAUCACCUUUGCGGACUUUAUGCCUGCUAAUUGCAGGGCAACCUGCUGAAGUAUUCUCUGCUGACACUACAGCUGAGGUCAAUCUUCCAGGCGCUGCUAAUACAUCUCAACAGCUUGCACAGUUUGGUGCAAAUAAAAUGCUUGAUGACUGGGAGGAGAAUUUGGCUGUGAUAACUGCAAACAGAACAAAAGAUGAUGAACUGGUUAUUAUACAUCUUGGAGAUUGCUUAUGGAAGGAUAGGAGUGAGAUUACUGCAGCACACAUCUGCUAUUUAGUGGCAGAAGCAAAUUUUGAGUCAUACUCGGAUAGUGCAAGGCUAUGUCUAAUUGGAGCAGAUCACUGGAAGUCGCCUCGAACUUAUGCUAAUCCAGAGGCCAUUCAGAGGACUGAACUCUAUGAAUAUUCAAGGGUGCUUGGGAACUCUCAGUUCAUCCUUCUACCAUUUCAGCCAUAUAAGCUCAUAUAUGCACACAUGCUUGCUGAAGUUGGAAGAGUUUCUGACUCGUUGAAGUACUGUCAAACAAUACUAAAGUCUUUGAAAACUGGUAGAGCACCUGAAGUGGAAACGUGGAAGCAACUAGUAUUAUCUCUUGAGGAGAGGAUUAAAACCCAUCAGCAGGGGGGAUACUCUGUAAAUUUAGUUUCUACAAAGUUUGUAGGUAAAUUGCUCAACUUGUUUGAUAGUACUGCACAUCGUGUUGUUGGGGGCCUACCACCACCUGCACCGUCCACAUCCCAAGGAAGUGCUCACGGUAAUGACCAUUACCAACAGCCCAUGGGCCCUAGAGUUUCUAGUAGUCAAUCAACAAUGGCCAUGUCAUCAUUAAUUCCUUCUGCUUCAAUGGAACCCAUAAGUGACUGGACAUCUGAUGGCAACCGAAAGCCAAUGCAUAAUAGAAGUGUUUCAGAGCCAGAUUUUGGCAGAACUCCAAGACAGGUUGAUUCAUCAAAGCAAACGGCCUCACCUGAUGCCCAAGGAAAAUCCUCAGGGGGUUCUCGCUUUUCUCGUUUUGGUUUCGGGUCACAGCUCUUGCAAAAGACUGUUGGUUUAGUAUUAAGACCCCGCCCAGGAAAACAGGCUAAGUUGGGUGAAACAAACAAGUUCUACUAUGACGAAAAACUUAAAAGAUGGGUUGAGGAAGGUGUUGAACCUCUAGCUGAAGAUACCGUGUUGCCUCCUCCCCCGACAUGUACACCCUUUCAGAAUGGUGUCUCUGAUUACAACUUGAGAUCUGUUUUGAAGAAAGAAGGGUCUCCCACUAAGGGCAGCCCAGAUUUACAAACUUCAACCCCUCCAGGACCAACUUCAGGGACCCCACCUAUUCCACCUAGCUCAAAUCAAUUCUCAUCCCGUGGACGGUUGGGUAUUCGAUCCAGAUAUGUCGACACAUUCAACCAAGGUGGUGGAAGCCCAGUAAACUCGUUCGAGUCACCUGCUGUUCCAUCCGUUAAGCCUCUUGUUGCUGCCAACGCAAAGUUUUUUAUUCCCACCGUAGCACCAUCAAAUGAACAGGCAAUGGAGGCUAUUGCUGAAAGUGUACAAGAAGAUGGUGGUGCAACUAAUGAAAAUCCUUCAACAUUUGGUAAUAAUGAUUCAUUCCAUACUCCUCCGCCUUCAUCGUCAUCAUCAAAUACCAUGCAAAGGUACCCAAGCAUGGGUAACAUUCAAAGUAUGGGAGUUGCCACAACUUCCAAUGGCUCUGCUCCACCCCACUCACGAAGGACGGCCUCAUGGGGUGGAAGCUCCAAUGAUGUAUUAAGCCCUCCUAUGGAAACGGGUGAGAUAAAACCUCUAGGGGAGGCGUUAGGCAUGUCCCCGGCAAUGUUUAGGCCGAGUGAGCUUUCCCGGACACGCACCCCAAUGAAUGGAGGCAGUUUUGGUGAUGACCUUCAUGAAGUGGAACUUUGAGCCGAAGUAAUGAAGAUGUAAAUAUCAAGUUUUGCUCCUAGCGAUCAAUACAAAUACUUGGAAGGUUCCUUCUGAUCCUACAUCUCUCAGAAAGCCAAACUCGUGGUAGUGCCGGAAGUAAGUUCAUCGAACAAUUAUUUUUCUUUCUCAAAGUUCCCACUCCCCAUCUUACCAUGUAUGUUCAGAUCUAAUUGGCGCAGGUUCUUUACUCACGAGCCAAUAUUAUAUUUAGAUGCCCGGGAGUCACCGCCAUUUACGGCUUAGGAGGAGCUCGUCUUGUUUUCAUUUUUCCGGUUCCCUUUAACAAAAGCCUGCAUGGGCGACAGUGUACAGAUCAUUUGUUCAUUUGUUUAAAUACAGAAAUCGUUCCUUGAAAUAGAUAAAAGGGUCUACAGAUCUUAUGAAGGGAAAGAAUAGUGUAUUGAAUUGAGAGAAUAAAAUUUCAAGUUUUGUUCUUUGGCUGUGG